AUGGGCGACUGGAGCUUUCUGGGGAGGCUACUAGAGAACGCGCAGGAGCACUCCACGGUCAUCGGCAAGGUCUGGCUGACAGUGCUGUUCAUCUUCCGGAUCCUGGUGCUGGGGGCCGCGGCGGAGGAGGUGUGGGGCGACGAGCAGUCAGACUUCACCUGCAACACCCAGCAGCCAGGUUGCGAGAACGUGUGCUACGACCGCGCCUUCCCCAUCUCGCACAUCCGCUUCUGGGCGCUGCAGAUCAUCUUCGUGUCCACGCCCACGCUCAUCUACCUGGGCCACGUGCUACACCUGGUACGCAUGGAAGAAAAGAGGAAGGCGAGGGCGGAGGUGCCGCAGAGGGCAGACAGCCCGCACGCCGCCUGGGCACUGCAGGCUGCGGUGGACACGCAGGAGCUCGCGGGGCGCGAGGAGCGAGGCAGGGUGCGCAUGGCCGGGGCACUGCUGCGCACCUACGUCUUCAACAUCAUCUUCAAGACGCUCUUCGAGGUGGGCUUCAUCGCAGGGCAGUACUUCCUGUAUGGCUUCCAGCUGCAGCCGCUGUACCGCUGUGACCGCUGGCCCUGCCCUAACACUGUGGACUGCUUCAUCUCCAGGCCCACAGAAAAGACCAUCUUUAUCCUCUUCAUGCUGGCAGUGGCCUGCGCGUCGCUCGUGCUCAACAUGCUGGAGAUCUACCACCUAGGCUGGAAGAAGCUUAAGCAGGGGGUGACCAGCCACCUGGGCCCCAACGGACCCGCGGUCCCCCUUGGGGUCUCGCCCUGCUGCGUGCACACGUCCCAGGGCCACUCCGGGACUCCACUGCCGGCCACGGACCUCGGAUUGGAAGCCCCAGGAGAGGCGUGCGUGCAGGGCCAUCCCCUGCCGGUGACAGCGCAGACCUGGGUACCCCCGGCCUCGGCCUGGGUUUCCACAACCCCCAGCCCCUCAGGCCGCGCCCCGCAGCCGGUGCAGGAAGCGGGGCUCAGGGACGGCAGCGGCAGCAGCCUGGCCGGAAGCGCGAGGGGCGGCACCCCGGGGGUGGAGGCGCCCGCCCUGCUCCCUGAGGACCCCAGGAGGUCCAGCAAGGCCAGCAGCGGACGGGCCAAACCAGGGGACCUGGCUAUCUAG